GUCAACACUGCCGUAAAACAGACCGCCGCUGUCGCACGUUACACUGCGUACUUGUGCGUGUGGAGGGUAACAGAAGCGUUGUGUUCUCUCAGGUGAGAAAUGACAGGAAACACGACCUGGUGGGAAGGAGUGAAAGUGUGAUUGCGUCAGUAGGAGACUAGAAUGUGACCUGACACACAGGAUGGACUUCAACCGGACUGUUCUGGUGACCGGAGGCUCCGGAUUCAUUGGCUCCCAUCUUGUGUGUUCACUGGUCGACAGACACCCUGACUGGAGAAUCAUUAACCUGGAUAAUUUGGAUUACUGCUGCAGCCCCAGGAGUCUGGAGAGCGUCGACGAUAGGGCGAACUACACCUUCAUCAGGGGAGACGUGUGUAACUCGCAGCUGGUCGACCACAUCUUCACCACAGAGACAGUCGACGUGAUCUUCCACCUGGCAGCCAAAACGCACGUCGAGGCGUCGUUUGAAUCUCAGUCUACAUUCCAGCUGGUCAACGUCGACGGCACCAGAGUUCUACUGGCAGCUGCCCGUCGGGCCAGACACCGGCCGCAGCGCUUUGUCUACGUCAGCACCGAUGAGGUGUACGGAGCCAGUGUGGACGAGGUGUUUGACGAGAGCAGCCCACCGAGGCCGACCAACCCGUAUUCUGCAACGAAAGCAGCCGCAGAGCAACUGGUCAAAUCCUACUGGGACAAAUACAAGUUUCCGAUCAUUAUUACCAGGAGCAACAACAUCUACGGGCCCAGGCAGUUUACCGAGAAGGUCAUUCCAAGGUUUCUCACCCUCUUGCAAAUGAACAAGAGAUGCACCAUCCAGGGAACCCUCCCCAAGUCCCGCCACUUCCUGUUUGUUGACGACGCGGUCGCUGCCUUCCUGUUGGUUCUGGAGAAAGGCACUGUGGGCGAAAUCUACAAUGUGGGGACGACCUGUGAGGUUCCCAUCAUGCAACUGGCCCGGCAGCUUAUAAGGAUGAUCAAGAAUGUUCCGGACUCUGAGGUGAAGGAUUGGCUCGAGUUUGUGCCCGACAGGCCACGGGUCGACCUGCGCUACCCCAUCACCUGUGAGAAGCUGCAGCAGCUGGGCUGGAGGGCGGAGGUGUCCUGGGCUGAAGGCAUCAGACACACUGUGAAAUGGUACCAAGAAAACCCAGACUUCUGGUCAGACAAGAGCGAGCUUCAGCAAUAGAUGGCUUCUGCUGUGCCCUGUGGCUUGACUGACAGGUUGCAGAUUGAACAGAGUCACUGCUGCUACGUCAUUAUCCUCAAGAGUCCAAUCACUUGGCGUUGGGCCAAACAGGACGGCAGCGCCUCCCUUCAACCAAAGCAGUUUCACCUGGAAAUGAAAGCACUUUAUCUCCAAAUUAAUUACAGAUUCCGAUGAUCUGAUCAUCUGCUCCUACGAGACAGAUUUAUAUUAGUUUACUAAUAUUGGAAGCAUUCAACACGUUCAAGCGACUGGUCUGCCGCUGCAACUUUACAUUUCAAACAGCAAGUCCCUCAUCUCAGUCAGGUGUUUUGUACUCUACACUUUCUUGAAUUUUUUUUAUACAAUGCUGAAGAAUCUAUUUAAUUACAAAUAAACAUAAUAUUUAAUAAGUUGAA